GCCAACCGGUAAGCAACCAUCGAAAGUUCCGUCGCAAUAAAAAUUGUGCUGCACGUGUUCGAAUUGUAGUAAAUCUACUCUCGGGUUUUUUUUUGUGAUUUAAGUAUAAGUUUUAAAAACCCAGCGACACCAUGCAGCACGACGACGUGGUUUGGUCCAUCAUUAACAAGUCCUUUUGCUCCCACAAAGUCAAAACUGACACUCGUACCUUCUGCCGCCAUGAGUACAAUCUCACUGGUCUGUGCACCCGUCGCACUUGUCCACUGGCCAAUUCGCAAUAUGCCACCGUCCGCGAGGAGAAAGGCAUCAUCUAUUUGUUCAUAAAAACCGCUGAGAGAGCUCACAUGCCCAGCAAACUGUGGGAGAGGAUCAAGCUGUCCCGUAACUUCGAGAAGGCCGUGCAACAAAUCAACGAAAACUUAGUUUUCUGGCCCAAAUACAUGAUUGCCAAAAACAAGCAGCGCUUCUUGAAGAUCACUCAAUACCUAAUGCGUAUGAGGCGUUUGAAGUUGCGCCGCCAGAAGCUGAUUGUGCCGCUGUCGACGAAGAUCGAACGGCGUGAGGCGCGUCGCGAGGAGAAGGCUCUGGUGGCCGCCAAGAUCGACAAUCACAUUGAGAAGGCGCUGAUGGAUCGCCUCAAGCACGGCACUUAUCGCGACAUCUACAACUUCUCACAGACCGCCUUUAACAAAGCUCUCGAGGCGGAACGCGUGGACGAGGACGAAGACGAGGAGGAGGAGGAGGAUGAGGAUGAGCAGGAAGUGGAGCGCGAAAUGGAGGUGGAUGACGCGGAUGAACGCGAAACCAAUUAUGUGGAGAGAUCCCUGCUCGAUGAGGAGUUCGUGGAGGCGGACACAGAUGAUGAGGAGCAGGAGGACGAGGAUGAGGAUACAGAGGAGGAGGACUACGAGAGCGAUUCCGGAAAGCGCGAGGAAGUCGAAGUGGGCAGCGACUUUGAACAGUCCGACGAGGAUGGUGAUCCAGAUGAUAUUGAGGACAUACAAGUGCCAUACAAGAGAUCCGCCAGCAAGGCGAAGAAGGUCAAGAAGUCACCGGCAACCACCAGUCGUCGCGGUCGCUCGAAACCGAAAUUGGAGCUGGAGUACGAAUAUGAGGUGGAGAAUGAGGCACAGCGGCAGAUGCGCCAUUAGCCAGGUCCACACACACUCAAUAUUCCCCGAUCCACCCAGCCUCGCUUAUUAGUUGUUAACGCUUAUUCUUAAGCCAACUAAAUGUGUAAAGCCGUUUAGAAGUAGUAUUUUAUAAAUGACGUUGAGAUACGAAACCGAA